AUGGAGGCUGCAGCUGUCGCUGAUCUGAGUAGUGAGAAGCUAAAAGGGGAGAUGUGGCAGCAGAGGAAGGUUCAUGGAAAUGAAGGUUCUGCUAGCAGCUUUAUGGAAAAGGAUCUGGUUUCUGGUCCUGAAUCAAGCCACGUUGAGUAUUCUGGGCUGAAGGAAAGGAAAGAUGGUGGAGCUCUGGACGAUGGUAGCCGUGUGGGUAGGGGUGAACGAGUUGCUUCAUUCUCCUCUGUUAUUCCUGGUAUCAAUGGGAAGACUGAGAGUCUGAGGGAAGAGAUUGAAGAGUUGAAAGCCCAAAUGGGCGGAGGGACGGGCCUUCGAGCUGGGGAAGCUUCAAACCCAUUUGGCAACCUUAUGAAUACUGGAGAAGUGAGCAAUGGAGCUGUCAUCAGUGCCAACACUGUGGGGAAUGUGGAUGCAUCCAAACUCCCAGGUGCCAUCAGUCCAACUAUUGUCCAUGAAGAGAGGAAGGUCAAUGGCAAGACAAGUGGCUCUACCGGCGGGAGAGUGGCGGCUGGCAUUGUAAGGGGUUCUCCUCCACGGAUAAAAGAGAAAGUUCUGGAUUGUAUGGCAAAACGGAAGAGGCUGGGGGAGGCAAUCGCUUUGAUUAUCAGCUGCUCCCCGCCAAUCACUUCAAUUAUAGCCGAUCUUCGCCUACCAACUUGA